AUGGAAAUAGCCCAGGAAGUUGCUGUAGCCCAGGUAGCAGUGGUGGAAUUAGCAGAGGUGGUAUUAACCCAGGGAGCUGCUGUAGACCAGGUAGCAGAGGUGGUAUUAGUCCAGGGAGCUGCUGUAGCCCAGGUAACAGUGGUGGUAUUAGCAGAGGUGGUAUUAGUCCAGGGAGCUGCUGUGGCCCAGGUAGCAGUGGUUGUAUUAGCAGAGGUGGUAUUAGUCCAGGGAGCUGCUGUAGCCCAGGUAGCAGUGGUGGUUUUAGCAGAGGUGGUAUUAACCCAGGGAGCUGCUGUAGCCCAGGUAGCAGAGAUGGUGUUGGCAGUUGUAGCUGUAGCACAGGACUCAAAACAGGUCCAGGGUUUUGCUCCACAUCACCAGCCAGAAGUAUUAUCAUUAAAAGAUUCACAACCCCAAGGAAUGAUCUAG